AUGUCGUUUGGUUAUGCGCCACUCAUCCCAUUCUUGUCGACGAUGWGUAAACAACGUGGCUAUUCUCCAUUCGUAGUCGGUUUCAUUUUCGCUGUAAUGCCAAUUCCAGCGAAUUUAGCCAAAAUUAUUUUCGGCUCAAUUACGGAUAAAUACAAUUGUCGCCGGUUGGUAUUUGUUUUGCUUGUAAUUUUAACGCCAUUAUUGGUGUUUAUAAUGUUGUUAAUACCUAACGCAAAUACCAAUGAAGAAAUGGAGGACACGGAUGCGAUUAAAUCACCGUUGUUUUGGUUAUUUUGGACUACAGUUACAUUAUUCACGACGGCGGGUACGGUGAAGGCUGUUUUAGAGGAUACUAUUUGUAUGGAUUUAUUAGGCGAAAACAAACAUCAAUAUGGUGGUCAGAGAUUGUGGGGAUCCAUUGGUUAUAGUUUACUAGCCAUCAUUUCUGGUGUAUGUAUAGACUCGUAUAGCAAAGAACAAGAGUUCAAAAAUUAUACACCUUGUUUUAUAAUUUCAUUGAUAUGUUUCAUUUUGGAUGUAUUUGUGGUGUCAAACAUUAAGGUUGAACAACAAAGUCCAUACACCAAGAAGGUAUCAUCUGACAUCAAAAAGUACCUGGAGGAUUUGUCGACAUUUUAUCACCCCGAAAAAAAAUAUUGGAUUAAGACGCUUCAGGGACUAGCUAUACUUAUCCAAUGUUUCUGUGGUGAAGUGCCUUCAUUCUUUCUAUCGGGUUAUAUACUGAAACGUGUUGGUCACAUGAACGUAUUUUCCCUUAUAUUUUUUGUGUAUGCUUUGAUAUUUUUCCUAUUUUCAAUCAUCAAAAACCCUGUUUACGUUUUGCCAGUCGAGAUACUCUGUGGCAUAGCGUUUGGGUUGUUAUACUCUGGAGCCAUUUCGUAUGCGAAUCUUUUGACUCCUGCUGGUGCCGAAGGAACGUUUCAAGGAGUCGUCGGAACAGCUAUGUUGGGAAUUGGUUUGUCCUAUGACUAUUCUGGUCAUUUCAAUAUUUUAUCUGUUAUACGUAAUAACGUAUUAYCAUAUGAUAUUUUGUAG